AUGCAGAAGAUCAAAAACACAAUUGCCGAAAACUUCGGCGGGGCCGCGUCCCAGCUGGGCUCACAUCAGUUCAAGCUGGACGACUGCCCGGACCUGUCGGGGAAGGUUGCUGUCGUGACGGGAGGCAGCGAAGGGAUCGGCUUUGCGGUGGCCUACACACUCCUGAAGCAUAACCUCUCCAAGCUGUAUAUCAUCUCCGUAUCGCGGGAGAUAGCCGAUGGCGCAAAAGCCGUUUUGGCCAAGGAAUUAGGCCAAUCCGCGGCUGACCGCACACUGUGGAUGGGGUGCGACCUUGCUGACUGGUCCCGGGUCAAAGAGGUUGCCGACAAGAUCAAGCGAGACAACGACCGGCUUGACAUCCUCGUCAACAACGCCGGCAGAGGGAUCAUGACCGCGGAGCUGACGUCCCUUGGCGUAGACCGGCACAUGGCCGUCAACCACAUGGGGCAUGUGGUCCUGACGAGUCAUCUGCUGCCGCUGAUGAAGCGUACGGCAGAGCAGGGCAACACCGUUCGCAUCAGCAACCAGUCCAGCAAUAUGCACAACAAAGCGCCCAGCGACACUAAGUUUGCGAGCCUGGAUGAGAUCAACACCGACAUGGGACCGAAUGGGCAGUACGCGCGGAGCAAGCUCGCAGUCCUGCUGUAUGCGCGGUACUUUGCUCGAACGGUGACCAAAAGCGGGCAUCCGAACGUGUUGAUGAACGCGACACAUCCGGGAUUUGUGAGCACCAAGCAGAGUAGGAAAGACAUCUUUGAGGCCUUCCCUGUCGGGGGCUACGCCAUGUCCCACGGCGUUGAGCCGUUCAAAAAGGACCAGUUCGAGGGCUCCGUUCCGACCGUCUAUGCGGCGACCGUGACCAAUGACUCGGGCCAGUACAUCUGUCCUCCGGCCAUCCCCGAGGAGGGCAGUGAACAGUCGCAAAGCGAGGAACUGGCCGAGAGCUUAAUGGAACUGACGAGAGACAUCAUCCGGGAGAAGACCCGGGGCGAGUCAGCCGAGAAGGGCUGUCCGUUUGACGACAUCGUGUUCCAUUGA